AUGGCCUGGUCCAUUUUAUCUGCCGUGCCUUCAAACAUAUGCUUACUAGUGGAAGAGGAUAGAGGUGUUGGACCUUGUGGGUUCAAUAGCUCCUGCACAUAUGAUCAGAGAGCCACUUGCCACUGCUCUGGAGGUUACUCCUUCGUUGAUCCUGGUGAUGUUGUGGAAGGAUGCAAACAGGACUUCCUUUUACAAAGCUGUGACAAAGAAUCUCCUGAAAUAGAUCUCUUUCAUUACUAUGAGAUGCCAAACGGAGAUUGGGCACCAGUAGCUUUUCUGGCUGUUCGUUCCUACUACAAGAGAAGAAAAGAGAUUAAGCAGCAGCCAAAUCUUUCCAGUCGCGAAUCUCCAAUCUUUCAGUUAUGCGGGAUAAAAAGGGUGAAAAAAGUGAAGAAUUGCGUAGUGGUGGCAGAAAAUUCAUUGCUUUUAAAAAGAUUCAACAGCAUGGUGGCAGAAAGUGAUGUGGAAUUCAGAACUGAAGUGAGUGCAAUUGACCGACCAAAUCAUAGAAAUUUACUCAAACUGCUAGGCUUCUGUACUGAAGAGCAACACCGGCUUCUCAUAAACGAGUUUCUGAGCAAUGGUUCUCUUGAAAGCUUCCUCUUUGGAGAUUCAAGGAUCAACUGGUACGGCAGGAUCCAAAUAGCCUCAGAUGCAGCAAGGGGGCUACUCUACUUGCACGAAGGCUGCAGCACUCAAAUCAUACAUUGUGACAUCAAGCCUCAGAACAUUCUUUUAGAUGACAAAUUUACAGCAAAAAUUUCAGACCUUGGAUUAGCCAAGCUCUUGAAGAAAAAUGUUAAAGCAGAGGCAGGGGAUGAAAAUGAAAUCAUACUUGCUGAACGGGCAUAUGAAUGCUAUGUAGAAAGGAAACUUGAGCUCUUAGUAAAGGAUGACAAGGAGGCAACGGAGGACUUGAAGAGGGUGGAGAAGUUAGUGAAGAUUGCAAGUUGGUGCAUUCAAGACGAUCCCUCACUCAGACCCACCAUGAAAAAAGUUGAGCAGAUGGUGGAUGGAACUGUUGAAGCCUCAAUUCCCCCAGAUCCAUCUUCAUCUUGA